UGUGUAGAAUAUGGCUUACUAACUUGAAAACACCCGUGUGACUACUAGCUGUCUAUCGACGCGUCUGUCUAACCAUUCGCUCUCGAUGAAUGAUCCAGGCCUCCACGGCUUUUUUCCAUGCAGUGUGUGUAUCUGAACCGGUACCGGUAAAAUGAAGGCUUGUCUUCUGUAGCUACUUGGGAAGGUUCUACAUUGUCAGCAUGGCCCGAGUAUCUCGGAGACCUCCCUCGGUCCUUGCCAGGCGAGCCACGAGCCGGAUCGCCAAGAGACAUGCUCGGAAACAUAGAGUGAUUCUGGAAUCCGUUACUCAGGAGAAGAAAAAACUUCGAAGUGUUAUAUCUUUUGAAGCAAAGGCCCCUCCUGGUUACACCUUUAUACCUGCAGGCAACCCUCAGCUUACAACGGCAUGUAAGGAACUAUGUCGGAAGGAUGGUCUGAAGGUAUUCGCUGUCACGACAACGCCGCAUAUGCACACCCACAAUCUCUCCCAGCAUGUACAUCGAAUAGGGUAUCAUUUCCCAAGCGCCGCGGUUGCGGCAGUGUGCAUGGAUCUGGGUCUCUAUCUCACGGCAGCUGGGAAAGCGGUGCCCUUUCGCACGGUUGGCGGUGAGAACGACCGCAAACGAGCUGAUUCAGAAGUUUCCCAGACAACUAUAAAUACCGAAGCAAGAGACGUAUUGAGAGACUUGUUCCCCAACAUUCCAGAUAAUGAUCUCAAUCAAAUCAUCAAGACCGCGUUUCAAAAGGGCCAGCGAAAAGUAGGAACGGCAGUUGAGCUACCAUUGGCUCGUCGGGCUCAGUUAGCGGUUGUGGCACAUAUCCGACACAUCUACACUGACUACGAUCGUCUCCUGAAGGCGACAUCCUUCCAUGAAGCUCGAACCGCAGUUGAAGAGCCUACCCUUGCAAAAUUAGUGGAAUGGAGGGGAGACGAUGAGAAUGGGAAGACAGUUCUGGAGGACGUCUUCCGAGAGGUCAUUGUCAUAUCAGACGAUGAGGACAGUGAUGUCGAGGGAGAGCCGUUCUCACCUAAUCAUCGCGAUAACAGCGUGAUGGUGGUUUCUAGUAAUCCCCAGGCCGACGAGCUUCAAACAAGGACGCUCAACUAUGCAAACCCUGCCCUUCGUGAUACCCAGUUAGAUCCGUCGGAUGAAGAAGCACCACCAGGCUUCCGCUACAUCCCAGAACCCCCAAGAAGGCAUAAGAUUGAUCGUCGAGGUUUCAGCAGAUAUCAGGCUUGGGACCGCGCCCUCAACCGAUAUAGAAACAUAGCAAACGAGACUAACCAGCACAGACUGCAUGAUGCCUCCGAUUCUCGGGGCCCGGUUGUCACUCGACAGCCAUUGCCAGGACCUUUCGGGCUUGAUUCAGAGUCUGCUCAUCGGCCUCAUGUUUCGUUGGCACCCGUUGCUACGUCUAGUACAAGGCCCACCAGUAUCAACAUAGGUAGGACGGUCGCGGACUCUGUAAUGGAACGGUAUGAACUGCAUCGUAUGGCUGAACUGCCUGUUCAGAGGAAAGAGAUUGCACCUGUAUCAAGUGCGGUUUCUAUGGAGCGAGUGCCAGUUAUUCAACAGCAGAAGCGUACAUAUCAGCGAGAAGACUCGCCAAAUGCGCCUGUAUUUGUGAGUGGCCCGAGAGAGAUUCAUGAGAUGACCGGGGACCCAGCCGUCCUACCAAGACCUCUGGGCCCAUCUCAACACAGGACCAGUGUACAGCCACAGGAUCAUGCAUUACCUUCUAUUGAGACUGCUACAACCAUGGAAAUCCGACGCCCCAAUAGUGGCCAGCUGGAUUACCUUGCCAAAAGGAUCUCCGGGGAUUUCUCGAUCCGUUCAAUAACCCCCCACCGUUCCACUCGCCAGGAGAUGAUACACCACGAUCCAGAUAUUUCUGAUCGGGAUCAAGCUUCUAAACGGAGACGUAUGGGCCAGUGCGAGCGUGAACGACUUUGUCAUACUCAAGCCAGGGUUAUCACCACUGGUACAACGUUCCCUUACACAAGCGGCAGGUAUCAGGAUACCUCUGGACAUACUCACUUGAAAUCCUCUUCAAUCCAGGACGAUAUUCAUUUCCGUAGGAGAUAUGCUGCCCCCGUUGGAUCUCAUCCUGUUGCGGAGAGUCUACCGGAAAGAACGCAGUACUCCACUUACACUACCGCACCUGGCCCCAGGACCGAGACAGCCGUGCAUCAAAGGCCAUUGGAAGACGUACAUGGCCAUGCAUCUCAUUUUGUUCCUUCCAGGCUGCCCAUCCAGUACAGGUCUCCAGGGCAAUCCCAAGUUGUGCCAAGUACAAGAUAUGCCAUCCCUGAGAAUAAUGUUACUGAUAGGCUUGUUCCUGUGCGGCCCUCUGAGUUGAGAGAGCGACGCGUCUACCAUGAGGCUCCUAGAUAUAACUCUGGCAGUUUAAGACCGCUUGAGGUGGCACAGCUGGAGGGCCCUACUCGUCGCGACAGAGAAUAUGAUCACCCCUUGGUUUCACAGGAACCGUCUCAAGGAAGACACUAUGCGGAGGACUUCGUUCGUGCCGUUGAUUUACGAGAUCCUGUCCCAACAAAGUAUCCAGCGCAGCGUCGUCUUCAAACUGCAAACUACCCAGUCCACCCCCAUCCUCCCCCGGCUGGAAUCCCAGUGCAGACCGAACAAUACAUGCGUAGUUCGCCCGGUAUCACAGAAUGGAGCAAGCCCGUUGGCCGUGUUUGUUUGGAUUCCCGGGCAGGACCCGCUAUCCAGGAUUAUGUUGUGGCCGAUCAUCAAGGUCCAAGGAAUCUCGCUGACAGGGUACCUAAUCCGCCUUUUACAGCCCGCCACUACGUCAGAGGGUACGAAGAUGCUGUGGAUACUUCACGGCAAGCCUAUGAACUUCCGCACGAUGGCUCGCGGAUGGAAGAACAACGUUAUCCUACCUAUGUAAGACGCGUUGAGCGGGUUCCCUAUACGGUUCCUGAGGGUCGAACUGUUGUCAUUGUGGAUUAGAAGGCUUCGGGUUGUGUUCGUCAAUGGUGUUCUAUGUAGAUGUCCGCAUAUGCAUUGCUGUACAUAAUACUUGACCUUGAGCGUCAAGCGGAUGUGAUACCCGACCACGUGUCAACAACAACAAAUCUGACAAGCGAAGUGCUUACCUCGCUUUUU